AACACACCACUGGCCUUCUUGUAGUGACGUCAUUACUCCGCGCCUCACUCGCAAGAACUUUCAUCUUCACUUGGAUAUUUUCUAUUUUUCAACGCUCAAUUCUUCACUAGCUUCUGUUUUUGUAUCAAAAGCAGUUUUUAGUCUCGCUCAACCCAAGUUUGUUUCGUGUCCACAGUCGAAGGAGUCCCCGACUGUAGUUAGGAUGAGUGACAGCGACGAAGAACCUCCGACGUUGUCUGAGCAGACUUUGCUGGCUCUGCAGGACUUUUACUCGCAGCGAGAAGAAAAGAUGAUCGUCAACAACAGCAGCAUGAUCGUCAACAACAGCAGCAUGAUCGUCAACAACAGCAGCAUGAUCGUCAACAACAGCAGCAGCCAGGACGCCGACACCUCGCGUCACUUCGCUGUGGGAGCGCUGGAGGAGGACUGGCGUCUCAGUCAGUUCUGGUACACGGAGGACACGGCAACACGUCUGGCUGAGGAACUUCUUCAUGAAGCUGGAGAGGGAGGCAGGGUGGCGUGCGUCAGCGCCCCCAGUGUGUACCAGAAGCUCCAGCAGAUGUGUGAUCCAAGGCGAGUGUCGGCGGUGCUGCUGGAGUACGACCGCCGCUUCUCCAUCUACGGCCAGGACUUCAUCUUCUACGACUACAACGAGCCGCUGGCGUUGGCGAGCAGCGUGGCGCCACACAGCUUUGAUGUGGUGCUGGCGGACCCUCCCUACCUGUCAGAGACUUGUCUGAGCAGAGUCAGCCAGACCAUCAAGUACCUCAGCAAAGGAAAAGUGCUGCUGUGCACAGGAUCCAUCAUGGAGAACCUGGCCAAACAGCUGCUGGAUGUCAAAGUCUGCAACUUCCUGCCGCGACACAACAACAACUUGUCCAACGAGUUCCGCUGCUUCGUCAACUACCCAUCAUGCCUGCUGUCCUGCUGACCACCGUCUGUACCUACAAAACCCAAACCCAGCGAAGUUGGCACGUGCAGAAUGUGACUUGGCAUUGUCUUGCUGAAAUAAGCAGGGGCGUCCAUGAUAACGUUGCUCGAAUGGCAACAUAUGUUGCUCCAAAAGUUGUAUGUACCUUUCAGCAUUAAUGAUGUCUCCACGGAUGUGUAAGUUACCCAUGCCUUGGGCACUAAUACUACCUAGAACACUUUCACCCUACAACAAUCACUAAUACACCCCCAUACCAUCACACAUGCUGCCUACAACACUUUCACCCUACAACAAUCAUUAAUACACCCCCAUACCAUCACACAUGCUGCCUAGGACACUUUCACCCUACAACAAUCACUAAUACACCCCCAUACCAUCACACAUGCUGACUACCACACUUUCACCCUACAACAAUCACUAAUACACCCCCAUACCAUCACACAUGCUGACUACCACACUUUCACCCUACAACAAUCACUAAUACACCCCCAUACCAUCACACAUGCUGCCUAGGACACUUUCACCCUACAACAAUCACUAAUACACCCCCAUACCAUCACACAUGCUGACUACCACACUUUCACCCUACAACAAUCACUAAUACACCCCCAUACCAUCACACAUGCUGACUACCACACUUUCACCCUACAACAAUCACUAAUACACCCCCAUACCAUCACACAUGCUGCCUAGAACACUUUCACCCUACAACAAUCACUAAUACACCCCCAUACCAUCACACAUGCUGCCUAGAACACUUUCACCCUACAACAAUCACUAAUACACCCCCAUACCAUCACACAAGCUGACUUUCUGUACUCAAUUGUGCAAUCUACUAAUAAAAGUUUCAAUCAAUCAAUUUUACACUUUCACCCUAGAA